UUCAGUUAACACAGGGGUCAAUGGUCUCUGCACCCGGGAUAAUAUGAUAUUGUGAAGACUUUUUCAUCUGAGCGCAGGGGUUCAAGGAAAUGCUAAUAAGACUGGUUAACUGCAUCGGUGUUCUGUCCUGAAUGUGUUCGGCAGUCAGCGAUGUACUUCCACUAAACAUCAAUUGUGAGGGACUGGCAAACCCUGGAAGACCGCAUGGGGAAGUGUCAAUGUCCACCAAUGCCACUGGAUUCUGGGCACAUCGUUCCCCCCAGCAUUUGGAGAUGGACUUGGCCUGGCAGGAACUGAUGGCCAUCACAGAACUUCAGGAAUUUGAAGUACCCAAUGAGAACCCCUUUGAAGCAAUCCCAUACCACUCCACUGAUCCCAUGGUUUCUCAAGAAGGAUUUGGAAUGAGUCAGCCUCAGGUGGAAUCUAUUGCCAGAGCUUGUGAUGGUCACCCUGCAGCGGCUUACGAGAGCUCGUACCCUGAAAUGAUGCCACCCUACCAACCCUUGAAUUCACACAUGGAAAUGCACUAUGGACUCCCAGGUGGCCACACUUCACCCAGAAUCCUCACAAAUGCACAAGCUCUCCAUCCACCUCUCAGGAGUCUUUUGGAGCACAUAAACAUGUCAACACGCAAUCAUGGGGUUGGGAAAGAUAACAGUCUCAACCUUCAUGGUUUAGGACUAAUCAAACAAGCUUCUACAGAUGAUCAGGGGUCAGAUUCUGGUUUGUCACUUGGUUCAACUCCACCACUUGUCUCCCCCGAGAAUGCAGUGCAUGGAGUACCAACAUAUUUGCCUGCAGAUGGAACAAUGUGGUAUGCUGAAAUUGAAAGUAUGGGAGAACAACACUGCAUGAGGCCAAACCUACUUGGGUCUGGUGACUACCAGCAGUCAUACAGAUCUUACCCUGGAACUUCCUUUUCCACCACUGCAAAUCAGCAGAUUCAAGCUCACCAGCCAAUUGUGUCGUUGAAGCAACCGGUUUUACCCACAGCCCUGUAUGACCUUCAAUUAAAUGACUCGAGUUUAUCAAGAGUAGGUUCAUAUCAGUAUCCCUACCCAAAGCAAAAACCCAGUGUUUCUGCACCUCGGAGCAGAGAUGAACGACGAGCCAUUGCUUUAAAAAUCCCAUUCUCGCUAGACAAGAUAGUGAAUCUGCCAGUGGAUGAUUACAAUGAGCUCUUGACCCAAUUCACACUGAAUGACGCACAGACCGCACUUGUGAAGGACAUUCGCCGCAGAGGGAAGAACAAAGUUGCAGCUCAGAACUGUCGCAAACGGAAGUUAGAAAAUAUAGUGCAUUUAGAGAACGAGUUGGGACAGCUUCAAACCCAAAGAGAGCAUCUAAUCAGAGAGAGACUGGAGUUUCAGCAAAACCUAGACAGUAUCAAAUGUCACCUUGCAGACCUUUACACACAAGUGUUUUCACAGCUACGGGAUGAGAAGGGAGAUCCUUUCUCACUUGAUGAAUAUUCGCUAGAACAGACUAAUGAUGGCCAUAUUUACUUGGUGCCACGUAACAGCACUGGAGAGUGACUGCACUUGUGGUCCUGAUGUGGUUUCACAAAACCGGUCUAGAACAUGUUUGGGCCAUAUCAAGUCCCAAAAUUUGAUUAAAAGUCUCACUUGUAUAUGCACACAUUUUGCAUUAACAGUAUGGAGUUUUAAAGAAUUAGCUUAUGUUGCCAAAUGGAUUAACUCAAGAUAACCUUGUGAAGAUACCAAUAACAUGUAUGGAAUAAAUGUAAGUUAUUAACCCUUGUGCAUCCUUGUGGACAUUUUUGGCUUUUUCAGUUUUGUUUUUUUGAUAACUUUGUCUGUGUUAAUGCUAACUGCAUAAAAUUUUCCACAGGUGUGAAUUUUUAUUGGAAUUUUAAUA